AUGACUCAAAAAUCAAGUACAGAAAAAUCAAAGACUGAAAAUCAAAAACCCAAAAAUCAAAGAUCCAAAAAUCAAACUACUUCAAAAUCAAAGACUGAAGAUCAAAAACCCAAAAAUCAAAGACCAAAAAAUCAAAGACCCAAAAUUCAAACCCCAAAAAUCAAAGACUGCAGAAACAUCAAAGACUGA